UCGCAUGGAGCCUUCAUCGCCCUCCACCUCCUCGCCCGGGAGCCCAAGCGCUACCAGGCGUGCGCCCUGCGCAACCCCGUCUCCAACCUGCCCGCCCUGCUGGGCACCUCCGACAUCCCCGACUGGCGCUACGUGUCCCUGGGGCUGCCCUACUCCUUUGAGCGGGUGCCCCGUGCCGAGGACCUAGCCACCAUGCUGCAGCGCUCGCCCAUCGCCCAGGUGCACCGGGUACGGGCGCCGGUGCUGCUGUGCGUGGGUGCCCGGGACCGGCGGGUCAGCCCCACGCAGGCGCUGGAGCUGUACCGGGUGCUGCGGGCCAGCGGGGUGCCGGCACGGCUGCUGUGGUACCCGGAGGGCGGCCACGCGCUGGCAGGCACAGAGACGGAGGCCGAUGUUUUUGGGAACUGCGCCCGCUGGUUCCUCCAACACCUGAGACAGCCCCGGCACAGCCCCUAGCACCUGCAGCUGCCCUGUGGCCGUGCUGGCCUUGGAGUAACCGGGGGUCCUGGGGAGGGCACCGGGACCACAGGAGAACGGAGCAAGUGGCGGCACAGGAUGGAAAUGGGGAUGUGGGCUUGCCUCUAAAUAAACGUGUGCCACCUCGUG